AUGACCAUGGAGAACCAAACAACUGUAAGCUAUUUUGUUCUGUCAGGUGUUUCCAAUAACCCACAGCUCCAGCCUUUCCUUUUUUGGGUGUUUCUACUUAUAUACCUACUAACUGUGCUAGGGAAUGGGGUGAUCAUGGUGGUGAUAAGAGCUGAUCCUCACCUUCACACCCCUAUGUAUUUUUUCUUAUUCCAUUUAUCGUUCCUGGACAUCUGUUCUUCUUCAGUCACUGUCCCAAAGAUGCUGCAGAAUUUCAUGGCAGAUGAGAAAACCAUUUCUUUCCCUGGUUGCAUUACCCAGAUGAGCUUAAUUCUUCUGGUGUCCUGUACAGAAAUUUUCAUUUUAUCAGCAAUGGCCUAUGAUAGAUAUGCUGCUAUCUGUGACCCACUGCAUUAUGUGAGGACCAUGAAUAAACAAGUCUGCAUAAGAUUUGUGGGUGGUGCAUGGUUGAUCAGUAUAUUUCAUGCACUGACAAACACAGAUCCUGUGUUACAUUUAAAUUUCUGUGGGCCCAAGGACGUGAACAAUUUCAGUUGUGAACUCCCAUCUCUACUAGAAGUGUCCUGCACUGAGACCUUCAUCAGUAAAAUGACAUUUCUCACUUCAGUUAUGCUUUUAAGUCUGACUGCAUUCUGCAUCACUCUUGUCUCGUACAUCUGCAUCAUCUCCACAAUUCUAAGGAUACAGUCUGCUGAAGGCAGAGGUAGAGCCUUCUCUACCUGCAGCUCCCACCUCACUGUGGUUGUUCUGUAUUAUGGGGCUGGUUUAUUUCGAUAUCUGAGACCCAGUUCUGCCUCUUCAGUGGUUACUGACAGACUCUUCUCCAUCCAGUACAGUAUCUUAACUCCCAUGUUAAAUCCGAUCAUCUAUAGCUUGAGAAACAAGGAGGUAAAGGCAGCUCUGGGGAAUAUACUGGGGAAAUUUCAAAGUAAGUAA